CGAGUUUGACAAGGUUUCCCGGAGGAUGAAGUCUCUGUUUCAUAAAAAGAUUUACCCCAACCUGGUGGUGACACGUGCUGUGAAUAGCGAGCAUGGAGGCUUUACCAGGAGGAGAGAGUUUAGGAGCGCUGAUAUCGAGGUCGAAGGAGGAAAACCAGACAUUUACGAAGCUUCCCGAGAGCACGAUGAUAGAACCGGACCACCAUUUCGUAACCGCAAAGGCCAAGGCUCUCACAAGGGGCGGUCGUAUGACAGAUCUCGCAGAGACCGCCCGCGGGGAGGCCAUCAAGCUGGGUUUGCAGGUCCAGGACCACGGUCUAGGCUUGAUGACAUUGAUGGCGAUGUAACCAUGGGUGAAGGCUCUCAGGACAACGGCUCCCAACACAGAUACGCCCCAUAUGGGAAAACAGGUCGAAAAGGAGAAGGACGAUUUGACAGAGACAGGCAACAAGGGAGAGGACGUGGUGGUAGAGGUGGAGGUGGUGGCUUCAGAGGAGGAGGCCGAGGUGGAGGAAACGGCGGUGGAGGAAGAAACCAGUCAGGCUGGUCUAAAGUAACAAUACCACACGGAAGAAAAUAUGACAAGAAAUGGUUAAUGACCGCUCUUCAGGACAUCUGUUCAAUUCCCUUCACAGCUGUGCAGUACCAUGUCGACCACGACAGAGCCCAUUUCUAUGUGGAUGAUCCCUCUGCUUCUAUCGCUUUACGCAAAUGUUCUCACAAGAUCCUAGACACAGAUGGUUAUAAGGUUGAGGUACAUGUAAACUCCAGCGCUCCACCAUCUUUCCUCCUUGCUGAUCUGAAGCCUGAACACUUGGAGCACCUGAAGCAAUGUAUGGCAAAACGUUUUGAUGGCUCCCAGCAAGCACUUGACUUGAACAACAUCCGAACAGACCCAGACCUGGUGUCCCACAAAGUGGAAGUCACCUUGAAUCGGAAGACGCACAUGGAAGCUGUCAUUACUGUUAUUGAAGAAAACAUUCCAGAGCUGACUUCGUUGAACCUGAGCAACAACCGUAUCCACAAACUGGAUGAACUCUCUGAAUUGGUUUCCAAGGUGCCUAAUCUGAAGACUCUGAACCUUUCCCACAACGAGCUCAAGUCUGAUCGGGAGCUGGACAAGGUUAAAGGCCUGAAGCUGGUGGAGCUGUGGCUGAACAGGAACCCUCUGUGUCUGUACUUCAAGGAUCAGGCCUCAUACAUCAGUGCUGUGCGGCAGAGGUUUCCCCGGCUUCUCAAACUGGAUGGUAACGAUCUCCCCCCACCCAUUGGAUUUGAUGUGGAAACACCCACCACUAUCCCAGCGUGCAAGGGCAGCUGUUUUGGAUCUGAUGAAAUCAAGGUUCUCAUCCUUCGCUUUUUACAACAGUACUACAGUAUAUACGACUCUGGGGACCGACAGCCACUUCUUGAUGCUUAUCAUGAUGGAGCAUCGUUAUCCAUGACAACACCUUACUCCACCCAGAACCCCUCCAGGAGCAGUCUGGGAGAAUAUCACAAAGACACUCGAAACCUGAAAAGGAUCAAAGAUACAACAAUGAGGUUUCGACUACUGAAGCACACGCGCCUGAACGUGGUUGCUUUCAUCAACGAGUUGCCCAAAACUCAGCACGACAUCGCCUCCUUUAACGUCGAUGUUAACACCUACACAAACACUCUGCUGUCAUUCACUGUGAGUGGUGUCUUCAAAGAAGUUGCUGUUGACGGUAAAUCCAGAGACUCCACCAUGGCCUUCUCUCGAGUAUUCAUCACAGUCCCAGCAGGGGGUACUGGUUUGUGCAUCGUGAACGACCAGCUUUUUAUUCGAAUGGCCACAACAGAGGAGAUCCGCCGCGCCUUUGUAGCUCCCGCCCCAACUCCAUCUUCCAGCCCUGUCCCCACCCUCACCGCACCCCAGCAGGAGAUGCUCACAGCCUUCUCACAGAAGUCUGGCAUGAACCUUGAAUGGUCCCAAAAGUGUCUUCAAGACAACGAGUGGGAUUUCAACAGAGCGGCACAGAUCUUCACUCAGUUGAAGGCGGAUGGCAAUAUUCCUGAUGUUGCGUUCAACAAAUGAAGAGUUAAAUCUGCAGUUGUCUUAUUUAUGCCUUUUGCUUAAUCUUUCUGUUGGCUUUUUUUUGAUUUGUUUUAAAAAAGGGUUGAGUCUACUUUCCUUUUGAUUAUUGCUUUAUUUUAGCAGCCAAAUGUCAACAGUUUGACCAAACAACUGAGCUAUUAUAGUAACCUUAGUGUUUGGUUUGUAUAGAAAUUCACUUCAUGUUUUCAUAGGAAUAAAGACAGAUGGCUGGACUUUGUUCAUCUGAAUUUUGUUGUAUUGUGUUCAACAAUAAAAAUAUUUUGUCACAACUGA